CCCACAGUUUCUCGCAAGCCCCGGCAGCCUAUACGUCGUAGCACUCGCCCCAAACGCUCAUUUCUACGGCACUUGACCAGCUGCGACGCGCCAUGGACGAUCUCGCCAACCUCGAAUUCCUGGCCCUCGUCGCGAGCGUCACGAACGAGCUCGAGAACCAUGUUGGCAUCGCGGACAAGACGCUUGCCGAGUUCAUAAUCGACCAACACGCCAGCGCAAAAGGCCUCGAUGACUUCGAUUCGAAGCUUAAGGAAAUUGGCGCAGACUUCCCCAACUCGCUGGUCAAGAGCAUCGACCGCUUGAUCCUUACGCUCCACCCGAAAUACAAGAACAAGGGCGGCGCAAAUGGCAAAGCAGCCACGCAAGACGGCGGCGACGAGGUAGACCGCAAGACGCGUGUGUUCAAGGGCCUGGCGAUCCCAGACAAGGAGGUCGACUUCGGGGUAGAGAGCGGUGGAGAGGAGGACGGCAAGGCGCAACCGGAUGCGCUCGAUGACACCUUUGCUAUGCUUGAGGGGCUGGCCGGACCUACGCCUGGCGGAGGACGAAGGGACAGGUCCGCGCGCAAGAGGAGCAUGAGCCCGCUCGACGACGAGGAUCGCGACAGAUCACGGAACAAGCGCCACAGACGGUCACGGUCGCAAUCGGCUUCGAGGAGUCCUAGGCGGCGUCGCGACGAUCGCCAUGAUGAAUUUGUUUUCCAGGACGAGUUUGGGCGCGAUAUGACUGUGAAGAAACCAAAGGAUAAAACCCGCUCGCGGAGGAAGUACCGCGAUGAAGAUCUGGACGAGUUCCGCCGGCCGCCCACGCCUGAGAUUGAUGACGAGCCGGUUCUACACAAGGUGUACACUGGCAAAGUAACAGGACUGAAACCGUUUGGUGCCUUCGUCAACUUGCAGGGCGUGCGGGGCAAAGUGGACGGCCUGGUGCACGUCUCCCAAAUCCAGGAGGGUGCGCGUGUCAACGACCCUGCCGACUUGCUUGAGCGAUUCCAGAUUGUGAAGGUCAAGGUCAUAAAGAUAGAAGGUUCUCGACUGAGCCUUUCCAUGAAAGAGGUGGAUCAGCGAACAGGUCGUGACCUUGCUCCAGCUCAGCGCAUAGGAACCGGUGCCAACAUGUCGGCCCUCGGAGGAGGGGCUGCUGGCUUUGACCCCGUCCCUGUCGUCGAAGGCGGUUUCAACGGUCGAAUGAACGGAAUGCGAAAGCGAAUGACCUCACCCGAGAGGUGGGAGAUCAAGCAAUUGAUCGCGUCAGGUGUCAUUCCGAAAUCGGACUACCCAGACAUCGACGAAGACUACAAUGCGCAUAUCAACGGCGAGGGCGGCUUCGAAGAGGAAGAAGACGUGGAUAUCGAGCUCACAAACGACGAACCCAAGUUUUUGCAGGGUCAGACUGCGAGAGCAUUGGAGCUUUCACCAAUUCGUGUCGUCAAAGCACCAGAUGGGUCUCUUAAUAGGGCAGCUAUGCAAGGAGACUCUCUCGCGCGCGAACGCCGCGAUCUCCGACAACAAGAAGCGCAAGAAAAGGCGAAGAAAGAGGCCGAGAAAGUCGAUCUCAGCAGCCAGUGGAAUGAUCCGAUGGCGCAACAACGGCAAUUCGCCUCGGAUCUACGCAAUACUCGAACGAACCAGGCGCCUGAAGCUGUCCCAGAGUGGAAGAAGAUUGCUCAAGGUUCUAAGAACGCGGUAUCCUUCGGCAAGCGAACGGACAUGAGCAUCAAAGACCAGCGAGAAUCUCUUCCAGUCUACAAGUUCAGAACACAACUUCUUGAAGCUGUAAGCCAGAACCAGAUAUUGAUUGUGGUGGGCGACACGGGUUCAGGAAAGACGACGCAAAUGACACAGUACCUGGCCGAGGCUGGUUACGCAAACGAGCUUAUGAUCGGCUGCACGCAGCCUCGUCGUGUAGCUGCCAUGAGCGUAGCAAAGCGUGUCGCUGAGGAAGUCGGCUGCCAACUUGGCAAUGAAGUGGGCUACACAAUCCGAUUUGAAGACAAGACCGGCCCAGACACACGCAUCAAAUACAUGACUGACGGUAUACUGCAACGAGAGAUUUUGCUUGAUCCAACUUUGGGGAAAUAUUCUUGUAUCAUGCUUGACGAGGCUCACGAGCGUACGAUUGCUACGGACGUACUCUUCGGACUGCUAAAGAAGACCUUGAAACGCCGACCCGACAUGAAGAUCAUCGUGACAUCCGCUACCCUGGAUGCCGACAAGUUCAGCAGCUACUUCAUGGAGGCCCCUAUCUUCAGCAUUCCUGGCCGGACCUUCCCAGUCGAAAUCAUGUAUUCCCGUGAGCCGGAAUCUGACUACCUCGACGCGGCACUGGUUACGGUCAUGCAGAUUCAUCUGACUGAGCCGGCUGGUGAUAUCCUACUUUUCCUCACGGGUAAAGAGGAGAUCGAUUCAUCUUGCGAGAUUCUUGAAGAGCGCAUGAAAGCCUUGGGUCCUAAUGUCCCGGAGUUGAUGAUUCUACCUAUUUACUCAGCACUGCCGGGAGAGACUGCGAGUCGCAUUUUCGAGCCUGCUCCCGCGGGAAGUCGAAAGGUGGUCAUUGCCACGAACAUUGCUGAAACGAGUCUGACCAUCGACGGAAUCUACUAUGUUAUCGAUCCAGGCUUUGUCAAGCAAUCCUCCUACGAUAGCAAGCUUGGCAUGGACCGCCUUCAAAUCACACCUAUCUCACAGGCACAAGCGCGGCAACGUAGUGGGCGUGCUGGUCGGACAGGACCCGGUAAAUGCUUCAGGCUUUACACCGAAGCAGCGUUUCAAAACGAGAUGCUUCCAACCACGAUACCCGAGAUCCAAAGACAGAAUCUGUCGAACACUAUUUUGAUGUUGAAAGCUAUGGGCAUCAACGACCUCCUUCACUUCGAUUUCAUGGAUCCACCACCCACCAACACUAUGUUGUCUGCGCUCGAAGAGCUAUAUGGUCUCGGUGCGCUUGACGAUGAAGGUCUUCUUACACGCCUCGGCCGUCAAAUGGCUGACUUCCCGAUGGACCCGACCUUGUCGAAAGCCCUCAUUCGCAGCGUUGAGAUGCAAUGCAGCGACGAAGUUCUUACUAUAGUCUCCAUGAUCUCAGCCACACAGAAUAUCUUCCAUCGCCCGCGCGAAAAGCAACAACAAGCGGACCAAAAGAAGGCCAAAUUCAACGAUCCGUCGGGCGACCAUGUGACGCUACUGAACGUGUACAACGGCUGGAAAGCCUCCGGCUUCAGCACGCCUUGGUGCUUCGAAAACUUCAUCCAACCGCGCAACAUGCAACGCGUUAAAGACGUCCGCCAACAACUCCUCACCCUCAUGGCGCGCCACAAACAUGCGCUCACCUCGUGCGGCCGCAACACACAGAAAGUCCGCCAAGCGCUGUGCUCAGGCUUCUUCCGCAACAGCGCUCGCAAAGAUCCCUCGGAGGGAUACAAAACCCUCGUCGAAGGCACGCCCGUGUUCCUGCACCCGUCAUCCUCGCUCUUCGGCAAGCCCGCUGAACACGUCAUUUACCAGAGUUUGGUUGAGACGACGAAGGAGUACAUGCACUGUGUUAGCGUCAUUGAGCCCAAGUGGCUGGUGGAGGCGGCGCCGACGUUCUUCCAGGUCGCGCCGACGGACAAGUUGAGUCAGAGGAAGAAGGCGGAGAGGAUACAACCGCUGCACAAUAAGUUUGCAGGUGAGGAUGAUUGGAGGUUGAGCGCGCAGAAGAAGCAAGGGAGGGGUGGAGGUGGGACCUGGGGUUAGCGGGCUUUGGCAUGCGGUGCGGUUGUGCGUCUGAGUAUAGUGAUUGGAUCUGGCUAUAUGGACACGCGUAGUCUGAGUGUCCACGAUGAUUGCCCAAGUCGGA